ACAUUUAUCAGGAAUUGGAUUAUAAUGAAAAUACGUGACGGUACGUGACUUGUCUGUCCAGUUUAUCAUGAGAACAUUGACAUUCAAGUAUAGCUUUCAUUGUUUUAAUUGGCCCUGAAAGGAAGACAUGCUCUUAAGAUCUGUUCUACGUGUUCAUUGCCACACUAAUCGGCUAUACCCACAAUUCCGCUCUAAUUCCAGAGCAUUCUCCUCCCGCUAUGGCCGUAGGACUUCUUACAAAAGAACACAGGUGCUCUAUCCAGCAGGAGUGGCAGCAUCCCUUACAGCUGCCGGAGUGUUGGCCGUGAAAAGUGAACCAAAGAGUAGUAGUAAUAGUAGUAGUAAAGAAGGAGGAGGAGAGGUGGGAGGAGUUACAGGUGGUUUAACAGCCGGUGAAUGGAAAGACGGUCUACCGCUGUACUCGUUUGAUGAGGUCAAGAAGCACGACUCAAGCGAGAAUGGUGUAUGGGUCAUUUAUAAUAAAGGAGUGUACGACAUCACUGGGUUCAUAUCCAAGCACCCUGGGGGGGAGCUACUUCUCGUCGGGGCUGGACGUGCUAUAGAUCCUUACUGGAAGAUAUACAGUGUCCACCAUAGCCCGGAGACUCACGCAUUGCUAGAAUCAAUGAGAAUUGGUAAUUAUGACACUAGCAGUACUCCGGAAGAAGAGAAAGGAGAGGACGAUGGUGAGUUAGAUAAUCAGUGGUCUAACGAACCUCAGUCACGUCACCCUGCUCUCUUAUGCAAUCAAGAAAAACCCUUUAAUGCCGAGCCUCCCCCGGCUAUUUUAACCGGAGACUUUCACACGCCAAACGAUCUCUUUUAUGUACGUAAUCACCUUCCGGUCCCACCUAGAGUUGAUCCUAAAGAGUACAGGCUUGAAAUAGCCAAGGAAACUGGCAUUGGUGAAGGUGUGGAACCGAUUGAGUUGAGUCUGGAAGAAAUAAAAGCAUUUCCUGUCACUUCAAUAUCAGCUGUAGUACAGUGUGGCGGUAACAGACGCCACAGUAUGGCCUCAUAUAAGCCAGUCCGUGGUCUAUCAUGGAAGGGAGGAGCUAUUGGUAAUGCUCGUUGGACCGGAGUACGAUUGUGUGACGUAUUGAAGCAUGUUGGUGUCAGUGGGGGAAACUAUGGCGGUAUUAAGCAUGUUCAGUUUGAAGGUCUUGAUGCUGAUGCAAUGGGUUCAUGCUACAGUGCAUCCAUACCCAUUGAAACUGCAAUGGAUCCUAAUCGUGACGUAUUGCUAGUCUUCCAAAUGAAUGGAGAGGACAUACCUAUUGACCACGGGUAUCCACUGAGGGUUAUAGUCCCUGGGGCAGUCGGGGCUCGUAGCGUCAAGUGGGUUUCUCGUAUCGUCCUCAGUACAGAGGAGAGUCCAAGUAUUUGGCAGAGACGAGACUAUAAGCUGUUCCCGUCUAAUGUUGACAUUAAUAAUGUUGACUAUGAGUCCAGUGAAGCUAUGCAGGACAUGCCUGUACAGUCAGCUAUAUGUCUACCAAUCCCUGGUAGUACUGUUGACAUCAGUAGUGGGUUUGUGACACUACGAGGAUAUGCUUGGAGUGGCGGUGGGAGGAGUAUCUCAAGAGUUGAUGUCUCCAUUAAUGGAGGCAAGGACUGGUCGGUUGCUAAGCUUCAUUCUAAUGAAUCUCAAAAACCAAACAGAGUUUGGGCUUGGUCUUUGUGGGAGGCAACUGUCCCUGUGUCUGCUUGUACUGGGCAAUUGGACAUUGUGUGUAAAGCUAUGGAUUCAUCUUGUAAUACACAGCCAGAGAAUGUUGAGUCAAUUUGGAACUUUAGAGGACUUGCUAAUAAUGCUUGGCACCGUGUGUCCGUCAAAACUGCCAAUAACAUUUAAAUUUAUAAUAAUUAUAUUGAUUCAUUUCAUUCAACCACGCUUAUGAUUUCAACUGUUUGUGAUGCUUUAUCUUUGUAUUUAUUUAAUAAUUA